AUUGUGAGAUUUCUCUUUGCCAUAAUGCUCUGCAUCGCGAAUAUGAUCAUCUACGGCCUCAAGGUCAACAUAUCCACAGCUAUUGUUGGCAUGGUCAAAGCUAACAAAAAUGGGUCAGGAGGAGAUUCGGUUAACGAGUGUGGCUUUGACGUUGCUGAAGGCUCAAGCGUGGAUAUAGAUGGUCCGUUCGACUGGUCCACGACGGAGCAGGGCUUGAUAGUUAGCCUAUACUUCGCUGGUUAUCUCGUAGGAAUGUUUCCAUCCGGAUAUUUCUCAGAUCGCUUCAAUACCAAAAACGUCUUACUGAUCUGCGUACUGGCGAAUGCCAUUUUGACCAUAUUGGUUCCUGUAGCUGCUCACGUACUGGUUGUACUCUACAUUCUGAGAUUCCUCGCGGGCCUGUUGAGUGCGGCGAAUCUUCCGGUCGUCAACGUACUCGUCGGUAAAUGGGUCGUAUAUGAAGAAAAAUCAAUGUGGGUCGGAAUCAUAUAUGCUGGAACAUCAUUGGGCACUGUAAUAUCCAUUUUCACUUCCGGAUUAAUACUGGAUUCAUUAGGAUGGGAGGCUGUUUUUUAUAUUCAAGGAACAUUGCCAUUAAUUUGGUGCCUUGUUUUUUACUUCUUUUUUGCCGACAGCCCGGAAUUACAGAAAUACAUCACCGAAAAAGAGAGAGAACUGAUUGUUAAGUCCUACGGUCACAGAGGUCUCGAAUCGGCGUCGAUGAGAGUACCGUGGAAACAAAUAUUCACAUCAGUGCCAUUCCUGGUGUUAAUCGCCACCAACACUUUAGGCAACUUCUGUUGGUAUUUUUUAUUGACGCAAUUGCCUCUAUACAUGAACAAGAUACUCAGAUUCGAUAUUAAAUCGAACGCUGCCCUCAGUUGUUCACCAUAUCUGAUAAAUGCAAUCGUGAAUCCACUGUUAGGAAAAAUGUUGGAUUGGGGCAGACGAAACGAAUACUGGUCACAGACUAAUGCUCGGAAGCUAGCUGUAUUUAUAAGCAGCGUUCCGCCAAGUAUCGUGCUUAUUGUAAUCAUGUACAUCGGCUGUGAUCGUACAGCAUCGACAGUACUAUUGAUACUAAGCAUUGUAUUGUGUGGUGCGAUUUUCGUGGGCCAUCUUUGUAAUCAGAAUGAUCUUGCGCCGAACUAUGCAGGAAUUUUAAUGGGUAUCACGAACACGCCUGGAACGAUCUCAGCGUUUAUCAUACCAGCCUUAGUAGGCGCCCUCAUGGAGAAUGGACACACGAUGGCACGAUGGCGAUACGUCUUCUGGAUUAACAUUAUCGCCCAACUGUUAGCGUUUAUUGUAUUCGCUUUCGGCGGUUCUGGAGAAAUCCAAGAAUGGAAUAAUCCGCAACCUGAUGCGUGGAAUUAA